CUGCGUGACGUCAUCACGUCUCUGAAGACCCAACCCAGCCCAACAGGAAGACAACAGAUUUUUUUUAUACGAUGCAAAUUUGCCACUGUCAACGCUAAUUACAAACACUAAUUUCAAACAAAUCGGUAAAAUGCCAUUAUUUGAUGGAUUGGGAAGUGGAGCAGAGAAGACUGCGAUCGUCAUUGAUUUAGGAGCAGCUUACACAAAAUGUGGCUUUGCAGGGGAAACGGGGCCCAGGUUCAUAAUUCCGAGCGAGAUCCGGAGGCCAGGACAGCAACAGGCCACCAAAGUGGUUCAGUACAACAUCAACACAGAAGAGCUUUAUGUCAUCCUCAAAGAGUUUAUCCACAUACUGUACUUCAGGCACCUGCUGGUGAACCCUCGCGACAGAAGAGUGGUCAUCAUCGAGUCCAUCCUCUGCCCGUCUCACUUCAGGGAGACGCUCACCAAGGUUUUCUUCAAACAGUUUGAGGUGCCCUCUGUGCUGUUUGCACCAAGUCAUCUCAUGGCCAUCAUGUCUUUGGGUAUCAACUCCGCCCUGGUGAUGGACUGUGGCCACACAGAGACGCUGGUGCUUCCUGUUUAUGAGUGCACUCCUAUUCUGCCAGCUUGGGAGGCUUUGCCUUUGGGUGGAAAAGCCAUCCAUAAAGAAUUAGAUGGACUUCUUGUGGAACAGUGCACCGUGGACACAGACGCCACCACUGGGCAGACCGUACCAGCUGUCAUCGGGACCAUCCCAGAGGAGACUGUGGAGGAUAUCAAGGUCAGAACAUGCUUUGUCAGUGACCUGCAGAGAGGCCUCAAGAUUCAGGAAGCCAAAUUUAACCUGGACGGCACCGCUGAGCGUCCAGCACCUCCUCCAGAUGUUGAUUACCCUUUGGAUGGAGAGAAAAUCCUGCAUAUCAAAGGAUCCAUCAGGGACUCUGUGAUGGAGAUUCUGUUUGAGCAGGACAAUGAGGAGAAGAGUGUGGCCUCUCUGAUACUUGACGCUCUGGUGAAGUGCCCCAUUGACACACGUAAGGUGCUCUCUGAGAACCUGGUGGUGAUCGGAGGGACAGCCAUGCUGCCAGGCUUCCUGCACCGUUUACUGGCGGAGAUCCGCCUCCUGGUGGAGAAACCAAAGUACAGCGACGUCCUGGCCAGCAAGAGCUUCCGCAUACACGCUCCACCCGCCAAGCCCAACUGCACCGCCUGGCUCGGAGGUGCCAUCUUUGGGGCGCUGCAAGACAUCCUGGGCAGCAGGUCGGUGUCCCGGGACUACUACAACCAGACAGGCCGCAUCCCAGACUGGUGCUGCUUGAGCUCCCCUCCUCCUGAAUCUCUGUACGAAGCAGGGAAGACCCCUCCUCCACUCAUGAAGAGAGCCUUCUCCACAGAGAAGUAGAUUGUGCUGCAAUAUAAUUCAAACAAUGUACUUCAAUUUCUGAUAGAACAGUCCAGUAAUCUUUAAUGUAACAUUUCCACACAAAACGACUUAACGUGUUACCUAAACAAAGAGCUCUAGAUGUUUUUAAUAUCUAGUAGUCACGCCUAAGUUUUUGUAUGCACUGAUUGUGGACUGUUUGAUAAUCAGGUGAGCUGUUUUCUGACCUUACGAGACAGAACAGAUAUUGGGAUUCAAGGUCGUUACAUGAGUAUUCCACUAAAUAUGAACAUCAGUGAGUAAAAAAAUCACAGUGUUAAAAUUUCAAUGGUUCAUGCGCUAUGUGCAGCCUUGUUGGGAGUCUCAUUGGGCAAGAGAAAACAACCUGUACGUGCUAAUUCUUAUUAUCACUCCAGUUUUUUGAAUUUACUGAACAGUUAAACUGGAAAAACAAAAAUGUGUCAGAUCAUUGAACGUUGCUGUUUUGAUGUUGCCCAACUUAUAAGGAAAAACAGAAAUGUAGAAAGGAGUCACGACAUUGAGCUUUUAGUCAUGGAUUUGUCAGUAAAUCUUCAGAAAAUGUUGCCCAACUUAUAUGGAGAAACAUAAACUUAGAAAGGAGUCACGUCAUUGAGCUUUUAGUCAUUGGUUUGUCAGUAAAUCUACAGAAAAUGUUGCCCAACUUAUAUGGAGAAACGUAAACUUAGAAAGGAGUCACGUCAUUGAACUUUUAGUCAUUGGUUUGUCAGUAAAUCUACAGAAAAUAUCGCCCAUCUUCAUUUGAGUAUGAUACAGUGUGAAAGUUCGGUUAUGACGGUAACAUCCCGUGAAGUUUUUUUCAGAAAAAGAAAAAAAACGUUUCAUUUAUUUAUUGUUUGUACUUCAAAGUGUAAAGUGAUUUGCUGAAGUCAUUAAAGGCCCUUCACACUCA